UGACAAAAAUACCAAUUCAAAAUGGCGGCAGAAAAUACUGUUAAUUUGUAUUUAUCGAGAUUACGACUGUCACUUAUUGAUCUUGGCAGGAGAUUGCAGUCCAGUCCAGGUGACGACACUGUAGAAUUUGUUGUGUUUCGUUUGGAGCAAAUAUGUGGUCAUUUGACUCGGAUGGGAGAUAGAUUCCACGUUAUCGUCCAAGCUAUCACAGAAGUUAUAUCACUUCUCCAAAACUUAAGAUUAGACCACAACAGAGUAGCUAUUCCCAACAUUCUAGAACAGACUAGAACGAACUCCGUCGGAAGAUCAAAGUUUAAUAUAACUCAAGAACAACUGGUCUAUUUACUUGAGUAUGAUAUAUCAGUACCUGACAUUGCACAUGCCCUUGGAGUCUCGCAAAGUACAAUUAAAAGGCGACUUAGGGAAUAUGGCAUCUCAAUUCGUAGUGAGACUGACGAACGUUUAACUGAUGAUUCAAUAGACAACUUGGUAAGAGAUGUGCAGCAGCAGUUUCCAAAUGCUGGAUACCGAAGGGUUUAUUCUGUACUGAGGGCAAGAUCAGUGAAUGUCACACAAGAAAGUGUGAGAGAGUCAAUGCACAGGACAGACCCAGAGGGUGUUGCCAUGAGAUGGCUAUCAAUAACUCCUAGAAGAGUUUAUAAUGUUCGAGGUCCUCUUUCGUUAUGGCAUAUAGAUGGCAACCACAAGCUCAUUCGAUGGCGCAUUGUUGUGCAUGGUGGGGUUGAUGGAUACACACGUAUUCCAACAUUUCUGAAGUGUGGUACCAAUAAUCAAGCUGAAACUGUGCUUAAAUUGUUCGAGGAAGCAGUCAAUGAAUAUGGUUUGCCAUCCAGAGUACGAUCCGACAAAGGUGGUGAAAAUGUCCUGGUUUCCAUGUUCAUGCUCAAUCACCCGUUGAGAGGCCCAAAUCGUGGAAGUAUGAUUGUGGGCAAAAGUGUACACAAUCAGAGGAUCGAGCGACUAUGGAGAGAGGUCUUUGAUGGUGUGUUAUACAUCUACUAUCACCUAUUUUUUCAUUUAGAAGAUUCCCUUGUGAUUGAUGUAUCAAAUGAUAUGCACUUGUUUGCAUUACACUUUGUGUAUGUACCAAGAAUAAACAGUCACCUUCACAUUUGGAGAGAAGGGUACAUUCGGCAUCAUAUUAGGACUGCAGGAAACCGUACUCCUAUGCAGCUUUAUGUGCUUGGAUUGCUAAGAAUGCAAGGAAAUGGGCUUAGUGAAAUGGAUUAUUUGGAAAAUCUUUCAGUUGAAGAAAUAGAGUCAUAUGGAAUUGAUUAUAAUGGUCCAUUGCCAUUGGACUCAGAUGAAGAAGAACAUGUGACAGUUCCAGCCACAACAAGCCCAUUAUCACACGAAAGGCACGAGGAGCUUGUUCGAUUAGUCAACCCACUCAGGCAAAGUAAUAACUUUGGAAUUGAUAUACUUUUGGAAGUUUUAGCUUUUCUUCCAGACUCAGCCAUUUAGAAUAUGUUGCAUGUAAACAUGAUUAACAAAACGCAACAAGUGAUGUAUUAAUGAUAAGUAACAAUGUAAAUUAUACAUAUCUAAUCUCUUAUA